CCUAGAUCCAGCUGGAGUCGGCGUCUUAGAAUCUCCGUCGGCCCGACGGUUAGAAGAACGACGUCAUCCGCAGUCUCUUCGACAAUCGUGGAGAGCUGUUCGACAACUGGGACUCACAACAGUUUCUUGACCCGAACAUACACAAUUGGACAUCGAAAUCGAACGUCACCAUGUUGUCCCAUCGAUUUCUGCGAACCGCCGUGGAGACUACACGGAACAAUUCUCUAUUUCUGACGUUGAAAGCUGGUGCCCGCCCUUAUGCCCCGGUAGCUGCAACUGCCGCAAGAGGCUGGGCUCCGGGCCCCUCGUUCGGAGAUAGAAGGUCUAUCUCGGUGUAUGGGUAUACGCAGGCAAAGGCGUUGGUGUAUUCGCAGUAUGGGGAGCCGAAGGAUGUUCUUCAACUCCACAAACACUCCAUCUCCCCACCUUCCGGUACAGAGGUCACGCUCCGUCUCCUCGCCGCGCCGCUCAACCCCGCCGACGUGAACCAAAUCCAAGGCGUAUACCCGAGCAAGCCACCUUUCCAAACGGAUCUCGGAACACACGAUCCGUCGGCCGUGGCUGGAAACGAAGGCGCCUUCGAAGUACUCGCAAUCGGUCACAACGUCAAGACUCUAUCCAAAGGUGACUGGGUCGUCAUGAAAAAGACGGGCCAGGGCACGUGGCGCACCCACGCUCAGAUGGACGAGUCGCAGCUGAUCAAGAUCGAGGACAAGGAGGGCUUGACUCCCCUGCAGAUCAGCACUGUGAGCGUUAACCCCGUCACUGCUUACCGCAUGAUCAAGGAUUUCUGCGAGUGGGAUUGGCUGCGCUCUGGGGAGGAGUGGCUCAUCCAGAACGGGGCCAACAGCGGUGUCGGACGCGCGGCUAUCCAGCUCGCGCGGGAAUGGGGCAUCAAGACGCUCAAUGUCGUUCGUGAGAGGAAGACCCCGGAGGAGACGGAGGUCCUGAAGAAGGAACUGAAGGAGCUUGGAGCAACCGCUGUUAUUACCGAGUCGGAGCUGGUUUCUGGCGAGUUCAGGAACAUGGUGAAUGAGUUUACUCGCAAGGGCAAGGAGCCUAUCCGACUGGCUCUCAACUGCGUCGGUGGUAAGAGCGCCACUGCGCUGGCGAAGUGCCUCGCGCCGGGUUCGCAUAUGGUCACCUACGGUGCCAUGUCGAAGCAGCCCGUUGCCCUGCCGUCUGGGCUGCUGAUCUUUAAGAACCUGGUGUUCGAUGGUUUCUGGGUGAGCCGGUGGGGAGACAAGAACCCGCACGAGAAGGAAAACACCAUCAGGGACGUGUUGCAGCUAACUCGGACGGGCAAGUUCAAGGAUAUUCCUGUGGACGAGAUCAAGUGGAAGUGGGACACUGAGGGCACGGAGCUUGCGGCAGGUGUGCAGGGAACCCUGGAGGGAUACCGCAGCGGUAAGGGCCUACUGAAGUAUGAGGGCGGCGAUUGAGAUAUUUGAACGGUUUCCCAUGUAUAAUAUAGAUGAUCUAAUCUGGACUGUAACAAACACAUAAUGACAGACAGGGCUACCGCGAUGCAGCAUCACACACCCAAUUGCUCUUCACCCAAUCCAGAAGCAUGCUAUUC